CUGGUACUUUCUAUCAACUAUCAGAAGCUUCCUGAAAGUAAGAGUGAGAGGAUAACUCACAUGCUUGCGUUGCCAAGCAACCGCGUCAUAACAUUGACCACGUUGCCUUGUCACUGUAAUCCCUUCAGUGUACUAUUGAGUCAUAAAAAACUUCUCAAUGAAGCAUCAGAAAAUAGAUAAACCACGUAUGUGACAAAAUGUUAGGUGAUAAGCGCGAAUCUUUAAUUAUUUCCACUGCGGUGAACUUUUUUGAUCUUGAUAAUAGAAAUUUUGGAAUCAGUGAAGAUAUUUUAGAGCCAGAAGAUCACUUAGUGCUAGACAAGUUCCUAGAUUCUACCAGCACCCGCGCGAUUUAUAUCCAUAGGAGUGAUGACAAAGUCAAGGUUACUUUUUCUGCUAAGCCUGCACAAAAAUGUCUGGUUUUUUUUAAGUUGCGAUCGUCGCAAGUGACGUCAGAAAACUUCCACGAACUGGUCCAGGUCCUGUCAACAACCGGUAGCCCUUCAUUGCUCCUAGAAUCUCUCCGCCAAGUAUGGAACCCGACGCUGCAAUCCUCCGGAGUGACCUUGACAAGCUUAAAGAAGCUAGAAGAAGACAUCCUAGGCCCAAGAGCGGCGUCAACCUUGCUGGAAGAAAGUAACUACUGGCUUAAGAAGCUAGACCACUCCAAAAAGAGCAGCGAGCGUUCGGCGAUCCAAGAUCUCAUCAAGCUCCUGCAGGACAUCCGUUCCGAGCUGGACAACGCCGCAUCAUCAAACGACGGCUUGAUUGGCCUCGAAGAGUCCUUGGAGAUCAUCAGCGGCCUAAUCGACGACAUCUGGAAGCUAGAGACGCCGAUUUAUAAUGAGAAGAGGAUGAAAUCCUUGCUGGAGAUCAUCGACCGGGAGUUACUUACCUGCGUCGAGACGUCGCUCACCGAACUGACCGCCAAGGACGCGCGGAUCAGCGACGAAGCGGUGUCUAAUGCGUCGCAGGUCUGCGAGAAAUGGGUGGCGAGUUGCGAAAGACACACGAGUCUCUUCUGGCCGCAUCAGUCCCUGCAUCCCUGGAAGGAUCCUCCAGUGGUUCCUCCAGCUUGCAAGCAAAUUGGAGCGCGUCUGAAGCAAGCAGCGGAGCUUCGUCUGCAGUAUCACCAGAUCGUGCGUCUUCUCAGCGACUCUCAACGUCAAAGUUUGAACACCAGCGGGAUUCUCCAGCAGUUCGAGGACUACAAAACGCUGUGCGACGUCGAAAAGUCCGCGGAGUGGGAGCGGAUUCUCCGGAGAUUCGAAGAAAAUCUCGCUCCGGCUGAAGAAGGCGUCACUGAAAAGCUUAAGCGGCAGUUUGCCGCAGCGCAGACGCCAGUGGUUCUCAUCUCUGAGGUCCAGCGUUACGCGGAGCUGAUCAAGCGGCCGAGGAUCAAGCAGAACUUGCGCACAGAGCGGGAGAUAGUCUUUUCUGGGAUUGGUGACGUCAUAGAUGCUUAUCAAUCCGGACCCGACGUCAAAGAGCUACUGGACACGCCACAUAUCCUGCAAGAGGUCCAGGCUGCGCGUUACGCCGAGACCAAGCUGACGAACCUGGAGAAACUAGUCAGAGAGCUGCUGGACGACCUUCCGGAGGUUAAACAAGCGAUGGACAAGGUUCAUGCUGCUGCGCGAGAUGCGGAGACCAAGCGAGCGCACUUGGUGGAAGCCUGGAUUCAGGACACCCAGAAGUCGAUCGCGGACAAAGAACUGACUCUUGGAACGGAUUCGGCGGUAGUGGAGCUAACGGGGACCAGUAUGAUGAAGGUUAAUUAUGAUCCGAGGCUGAUGACGCUGAUCAAGGAGGCGCGCGCGCUCUCUGGGCAAGGAAUUGAACUGCCGCGGGAGGUCAAGAGUCUGGUGGAGCGCGCCGGUGCGCUAGCAGGCCGCGCUAGGGAGCUGCAGAAGAUCGCUAACUUUCAUAAUACGAUUGGAGACCGCAUGAUUGCUUCGCAGCGGCCGAUUAUGUUGGCUACUGCUAUGGAAUUCGCCAGGGCGGUUCAGGAGCAGAAGGGGGUAGUUUGGUCAGACUUGUAUGCGAUUGAUGUUUACAUCAAUCGGCUGAAGGAGUAUGUCCAGAAGUUUGCAAGGCAGAACUCGGAACUUGCGACGAAGCACAUGUAUCUCAGGGACCUGGUGGCUAAUUUGCUGAAAGGAGAAGUGGUUAAUCUGAUUGGAAGUCAGGUUGCGUGGAAGGAUACGCUCAAAACUAUGCGCAGUGUCGUUGACGAUGUUGAUGCUAACUAUGGGAAUACUAAAGCUUGGAAGCUUCACUGGGAUAGGCAGUUGCUGAAAGUUCUGGAUGUUGCGUACAGGGCAGCGCUCCCAAACCUGGUAAAAAAGCUUCCAGAACUCCCGAUCGAGUUGAUAUUCCGUGAAAACAAGCUCCAGUGGCGCCCAUCAGUGGAAGAAAUCCGAGCCAAGAUCUACUCAGCCAUCAAGCGGUUCCUUUCAAUCCCCUUAAACUUCCGCGGCGUAGGAAACGCGCAAGACGCCAAGUUUAGCUUGAUCGUCGACAAGAACGCGUAUCUGUUCGGCGCAGUUUACAAGGACGCGGAAACCGCUAUCGCGACGCUAAAUUCCGUGAAACUCAAAUGGACACCACUCGCGGAACCGGCAACAGCAGACAUUGCAGAGAAGCUCAAGGGCAAAUCCCCGAAAGAAUGGGAAAAGGCGUUCAAGGACACGAAACAGUGGGCGCAACAGAUCGGAAAGCUCCGUGGCGGCGAGUUCAAGCUUUGGUGUUUUGCAAUAGACACUGCAACUACGCGCAGUGACCUCGAGUCAGCAACGCGCAGGACCUGGGACCGCCUGUCAACGGAACUCCGCGCAGAAGCCGCAGAAAGACUGCUGACCUGUGUGGAAUUUUUGAGUUCCACUGCGCGUGACCUUGAGCACCGUCCAAAGGACAUCGAGGAGGUAGUGCUUGCUUACGACGCGCAUCGAAGAAUCGAAAGCGAAACUACGAGGAUCGCUGCGGAGCUAGAAUGCGGGACAGGCCUUGCUCGCUUGAUGGCCGCCUGGACUAGAGAAAAACUGGACGGACUAUCCAGCGCAAUCACGGCUUGGGAGAGUCUCGCAGAUCGGCUGGAGAGGCACAAGAUGAUCGUCGCGCACCAUGUUGAAGACGCGAAGCUGAACUUACGUCACCGCGCGGCUGCGCUGAAGGACGAGCGCGAGCGCUGGGAGACUAAGUGGAACUCUAAACCGGAACUCGUGACUAUUGACUGGAUUGCGGGGAUGCGUGAGCGCUGGACGUCGCUGGAGUCUCAGCGUGACUCGCUGAUUACAGAUUGCCAGCGCGUAUGCCUGGACGUCGCAGAGUUCUUCGAAGAUUCUGAUUCGCGGCGUCUAGAGGCUGAGUUAGAGGCGGAAGAGUCUAAUUGCAGGUUUCAAGAAGACUUCCUCCAGGAACUGGAAGGUCAGUUGUCGGAAGAGUGGAGCGUAGCACGCCGUAGGCUUCCAAGGCUCCACGACUGGCUGGAUUCUUGGCGCGAGAGGAUCAAGAUCCAGGCUAAGGAGCCCAGGGAGUCUCUGGAGUCGUUGGAGGUUGACACCUUCGUCGCAAAGAGGAUCCGCGAGCUACGCAGCGCGGUUGAACUUGUCCAGCUAUUGCGCGGCGACGAGCUGGCUGAGGAGCACUGGAAUGACCUUAGGAAGCUUCUAGGGGUCCAAGUUGCUACGCGGGAUAUGACUCUGGGGAAUCUAAUCUUUGCUGCGCCGGAAAUCGAGGCGAAUAUUGAAAAAGUCAAGGAAGUUACCAAGCGCGCCUUGGCGGAAAAUGGCAUUCGUCAAGCGAUCGUCGAGCUAGAGGCCUGGGAAUCAUCAGCAGCUGUCCAGCUCCAGGAUGCUAAGGACAGUAAAGGCCGGGAAAUAUUGCUGAUGGGAGAGUACGGAGAGACGUUGGCGCGCGUGGGAGAAUUGAAGCUACUGAUUGAAGGCGCCAAAGGUGCUGCGGGUUUCGAGAGAUUUGCUGCACGCGCGGGACGUUGUGAGUCGGCGCUCUUUGAGCUGGAAGAGCGGAUCAAGGUCCUGGGGGCUGUUCAGCGCAAGUGGGUGUACUUGGAACCGGUUUACAAUAGCGGGACAGUCGCCACGCCUGCUAAUGACAACGGAAAAUGGUUGCGCGCGGAUAAAGAGUUCAGGUACCUGUUUGGAGAAGUUUCGAGGGAUCCACGCGUGCCUUCGUUGCGCAGACUGCCCAUGCCCGCGAUUGUGAGUCUCAAAGAUCUGCUAGACAGGUGUCAGCGAAGCCUCGACGAGUUUUUGGAAGAAAAACGCGCGGCGUAUCCAAGGUUGUACUUCCUUAGCGAUGAGGAUCUUUUGGAGCUGAUUUCAGGAAGUAGCUUAGGUUUGAAGAAUCAUUUGCCGAAACUCUUUCAAGGAGUCGAAAGCGUGGAGAUUAAAGAUGGGAGUAUUAGUGCGAUAGUUUCUCCAGAAGACGAGAUUCUGAUUCUCACGCGGGGAAUUGAUCUUGCCGAUUCACUGCCAGCUUGGUUAUCAAAUCUUGAAGAAGAGAUACGCGUGACGCUAGCGAAGAAGUUGGAGAUCUGCUACCAGGAUCGCGCUCAGGACAUUUCUAAGUACCCCAGUCAAAUUCUGCUGCUGGCUGAACGGAUUCACUUCACAGAACGUUGCGAGGAAGCUGUGCGCAAUGGAAAAAUCGCGCUGAAGACUCUUGUUGAUCAUCUGGAGUCCCAGAGGGCCAAGUUCCGCGCGCUGGAGGACGCUGAUGAUCGUCUGACAACUUUAAAGGCGCGGAGUCUGCUGCUAGAGACAGUCCACCACUUAAACAUCGUGCGUAGUCUGAUAAAAGUCACUGAAACCGGCGGAAACAUGUCCUGGACCUGGAGUCGGCAGCUGCGUUGCUACAAAACGAACCAAGGACCAGUUGUCAAGUGUGCUGGAGCCGAGUUCCAAUACCGCUUUGAGUAUCAAGGUGCUGCUGUGGGUCUAGUAAGAACUACGCUGACGGAAAAGUGCUUCCUAGCACUGACCCAGGCGAUGAAACUCGGCUUGGGUGGGAGUCCGACUGGUCCAGCGGGGACGGGCAAGACUGAGAGCGUGAAAGCUUUGGCGUCGCUGCUAGGGAAGCUGGUGCUUGUCUUUAAUUGCGAUGAAGGAAUGGACGCCAGCAGCAUGAAGCGCAUUUUGGGCGGACUAGCCCAGGCAGGCGCUUGGGGGUGCUUCGACGAGUUCAAUCGCCUGGAGGAAAAGACUCUCAGCGCGGUAGCAAUGCUGGUACGUCCGCUGCAGCAAGCUUUGCGUGACAACACCACCAGCGUCCAACUAGGCGAGCAGAAUAUCACGCUAAAUUCUCACUGCUGCGUGUUUAUCACCAUGAACCCCGCAGGGAGCGACUACGGUGGACGGAACAAGCUACCAGACUCCCUUGCGAGGCUCUUCAGGCCCAUCGCGAUGGCUCAUCCUGAUCGGUACGACAUAGUCAAGGCUCUGCUCGAGUGCGCAGGCUUCCAGGAAGCUUCCAAGCUAGCGGGUCAACUAGUGGAGACUCUGGACAUGGCGGAGAAGCUUCUGACUCGGCAACCUCACUACGACUGGGGCCUGAGGGCGCUGAGGUCAGUCCUAGACUCGAUUCCUCCUGGGCAGGAUGAACGGCAGCGACUCCUGCAAGCCAUCCAAGCUUCUACUGUCCCGAAGCUGACCAAGGAAGACACGGACAAGUUCAAUCAGAUCCUCCAAGACGUCUUCGUGGACGUCGACGUUAAGCACCAGCCUUCUGAAAACAAACAGGCACUGCGAGAAGCAUUGGAAGAAGUUUGUCGCAAUCGUGGGCUCACUGAUGGUACUGUGCUGCGUUGCGAGCAGCUUUACGACCAACUGCAGAGUCGCAUAGGCGUCGCAGUGGUUGGACCGCCUGGAUGUGGAAAGACUCUCGUGCGUAGAACACUCUCUGAUUCUUUGGUAAAGUUGGGCGAGAAUAUGAGAGAGAUAAACAUCUUUCCCGGCGCGAUUCCUAAGACUCAAUUGCUGGGACGCGUUGAUGCGCAGACUAGAGAGUGGAGGGAUGGUCUGUUGUCUCUUGGCGUGGCUUCUAUCACUGAUGAGUCGCUCUGGAUAGUCCUGAACGGAGAUGUUGAGCCCAGCUGGGCCGAAGCUCUUAAUUCUGCGUUAGACGACAACAGGAUACUCACGCUAGCGAGUGGCGUUAGUGUAAAACUUAACCCACGCAUAAGGUUCAUAUUCGAGACUCAUCAGCUAGCUGGCGCUAGUCCUGCGACUGUCUCACGGCUGGGCGUGGUCCACCUUGCUGCUACGCCAGUGUCUGCUCUUCUGAUCUCAGCUGUGUUGGACCCUCUGCCGCCUGCAGUCAAGCAAGUUGCGCCUAAGAUACACACUGUGAUUGACCGCGUGCUGGAGGAGAGUUCCAUGUCUUGCGUUAGCGAGGUCAACGCCCUGCUGCAGCACUUGCAAUCAGCCAGUACGAUGACCAAAGUGACUUACGCGCUGCUGAUGGUCACUUGCUUCCAAGCUGAGAUGCAGGAGGCCAGGAAUACGCUGGCGAAUUUCAUCUUCCAGACUUUAGACUCCUGGUGUCCUGAUCCUCAACGUCCGCUGGACGUGGUCUACAACCCGGAGAUCGACAGGCUGGAGCCUUUCGGCGAGCAGAAGAAUGUGAUAGACGCAGAGACGCCUAUUUUGGUGACGAAUGCGCUGAACCGAGGACUGGUGACGAUAGCACCUUGGGUUGAAGCUGGACAGCCAGUUCUUGUGCGUGGUCCUCGGGGAAGUGGUAAAAGCAGCCUUGUUACUGCUGCGUUGCAAUCGCUGGAUGUGAGUGUGGUCAAUGCCUCAUCUUUGUUCUCGACCUUGGACCUGACCAACCGGCUAAAAAGGUCCUGCGUGCGCCUAGAAUCAGCUACUGGUCGCGCGUACCGACCUCGCACUGGCUCCAAGGUGCUUUUGGUCAUCAAGGGCCUGCACCACGCGAGCAAGAACCUCCAAGAGCUUAUCCGGCAACUGCUGGAAGAUAAAGGCUUUCAUGAAGACGACCUUGAAUUCGCGAGUCUUCCAGUGACGAUUCUUGCUACAGCUGACGUUAAGACUCCCCUGCACCCAAGACUCAGUGCGCUGUUGGCGACUCAUCACUUAACUCCACCGACUUCAGGAGAGCUCCAAGCGAUCAUCGAGGCCCACUUGCAUCACGCGCUGAAGCAGGUGUCUCCUGAAACUAGACCCGCUUCGUGGAUAUCUUUUGUAGCUUCGGUGAUGCAGGACUCUAUUUCAGCAACCAAAGAGUUCUCCUGGACUGCCAAGGACCUGGUGCGCUGGGCUAGAACUCUGGCUUACUACCCAGCGCCGGAGAGCGAAGAGGACAUCGUCCGUCAUCUGCUAGACGCUGGAUCCCACCUCUUUUAUCCAAAGUUGACCUUGAAGGACCAGACGCGCUGGAAGUCGACCUUGACUUUGAAGAUUCCGGACCUGAAGGCCCAGAAAGACACUCUGUAUACCUGGCAAGGAAACGCUGGAUUGAGUCCUCUAGCGCCUGAAUCCUGGAAGAUGGAGAUGCAGAACGUGAUUGUCAAGUGCCAGCGUGAAGGCGAGGUCUCGGAGACAGUCCUCUCUGCGCAUCUGCUCCAACUAACAGCAGGCAUCAGCUGGGCGUUCGGCGCAGGGUUCCAAGGGAUUGUCAUGGUGGGACGACCUGGCAGUGGGCGUAGGACAGCAACCAAAUUGAUAGCCUCAGUGUCCUCGCUGCGUCUAAUUGACUCCGGCCCAAGACGCGGGAGAAUUUCCAUCAAGGCCGCGGUGCAGUCAGCUGGAAUCGAUUGCGAGCGGACUCUUCUACUUCUAGAGGAACAUCACCUGCGCGAAGAAGGCCUGGGUGUCCUUGCCAGUGCGUUGGUAUCACGCGGAGAAGUACCGGGGCUCUACAUGUCUGAAGAACUGGACACUUUAGUGGCGCCGUUGACUGAUCUAGCGCGCAAGGAAGAUUUCACUGGCGGCCUUGACCAGUUUUUGUACAACCAUUUAAGGUCUUUGCUGCGUGUAGUAGUGAUUGUAGACACUACAGAUUGGAAUUUUACAGACUACGCGCUGGAAGAUGCACUGGUGGUUGCGGAACCACCUGGCGCAGAGUGGUGGACCCUGGAAGCCCGGCUGCAAGAGCUGGGUGGUCAAUUAGCGCCUGAUUUUUCAGAAUCUCAAGGGCUUAAGCAUCUGACAGAAGCUCACUUGCAAGCACCGCGUGGUCAGCAAUCUCCAGCGCGCUUUUACGCACUCGUAAACUCUUGGUGUGACCUUCGCGCGACCUGGUCUAGGGAUAUAGAGUCCAAGAUUGCGAGUCUGGAAGCUGGAAUUGGGAAGUUAAAAGAAGCAGGUGACAAAGUCGCUAAGCUAGAAGACGAAGCGUCGAAGCAACGCAAGGAACUUGAAGUAGAAACUGGCCGUGCUAACGCCGCGUUAGAUCAAAUAACAGCGACGAUGCGCGGCGCUACGGGCCAGCGUGGAGAAAUGACAAGUUUAAAGGCAGACACUGAGCGUGAAAGCGCGGAACUCGCUCGGCGUAAGAUAGUAAUUGAAGGCGAGCUUUCCAAAGUUGAACCGCUAGUUGAAGCAGCCUCCCACGCAGUAGCAAACAUCAACGCUGACGCGUUAGCAGAAGUUCGGUCUCUACGCGCGCCUCCCGCGGCAGUUCGUGACGUUUUGGAAGGCGUAUUGCGGCUGAUGGGCAUCAAGGACACGUCCUGGAACAGCAUGAAGAUAUUCUUGGCGAAGCGCGGAGUCAAGGACGAGAUCAGGACUUGGGACGCACGGCGUAGUACUCAGGCCAGCUUGGAUGCAGUGGAAAAAUUGGUUAAAGAACGUCCUGAGUCUUUUGAGGAGAAAACGGCACGUCGUGCGUCAGUGGCUGCUGCUCCUUUAGCGGCCUGGGUGCUCGCUAAUCUCCAGUACGGGAAGAUUCUUCAGCAAGUAGCGCCUCUGGAGCGUGAGCAGCGUCAAUUAGCGGAGAAACUCGCUGAAGCCGAAGCACAGAUUGAUAAAUUAGCUGAGGGGCUCAAUUCAGUUGAGUCGCGUGUCAAGCAGCUUCAGGACCAGUUGGCUGAACACUCCCGCGGCGCAGCUGCUUUGCAAGUCAGGUCAGAGGUGACUGAAGCCAGUCUCAAGACUGCGCGCGCAUUAUUGGAGAAGCUAGAUGUCGAGUACCGGGACUGGGAACUCCAGCUGGAGAAUCUGAACAAAAGAAAGACGAAGCUGGAUGUCGAAGCUGCUCACGCGGUUACUUUGUUGGUAUAUGAGACGAUGAAGGACGAGAAACGACGCGAAGUCAUCGAUUUGUUGGUUUCAGAGCGCGAACGCUUGAUUUGGCGUGCCCAAGACCUACCAGCGGACUCUGUAAGCGUCGCAGGAGCGGUCUGCGCGCUGCGAGGCCCACUGGUGCCCUUGUUUAUCGAUUCCAGCGGCGUAGCGGUUAAUUGGUUGAAGCGCAACCUGGAAAGCCAGCUGGAGGUGACGAAGCCCAGCGAUUCGAAGUUCUUGAUGACGCUGGAGCUGGCUGUGAGGUUCGGCAAGGCGUUGCUGGUCGAAGAAAUCGUCGAGUUACCAUCAAUUCUUCUUCCUCUGCUGCGUAAGAGAUUCCUGAAGCUUGGAGAUAGAAUUCUCGGCGUUCAAAAUGGAUUCAAGCUUUUCCUAGCAACCAGGUGCGACAGAAUCGAUACCUUGCCCCGCGAAGCUGACGCAGUGCUUUUUAAAAUAACAAUGGGAGCGGGAACGCGGAGCCUUGCUGAACGCUUCGUCGAGCAGGCGCUGUUGCAAGAGACCCCGGAGCUGGAUAAGCAGCGCCGCGAGGCACUGGAGCUGGAAGAGAAACUAGCAGGUGAGCGAGAUCAAGCGCGCGUAGAUUUGUUAGCUCAAUUAGCUAACGCACGUGGCGAAGAUCUGCUUCAGGACUCAUCAGAGGCGUCGCCGAACUCUCUGCUGUCUUCGCUGGAGGCGACUCAGGCUAAAGCUAAGGAAAUAGCCCGUGCGUUGGAGCAGAAUCGUCAGAAGCGUGACCAAGUGACCCAACGCACGCGUGAGCACGAAAAACUUGCUAAAUUCGCCGCGCAGUUGUUCAAACCCGUGAAGGCUCUUGCAUAUCUGAAUCCGUUGUAUGUUUUCAGUGUGGAAGCGUACGCGGAGAUUUAUUUAGAAGCUGAGAAGCACCGCAAGCUGAUCGACGGCGACUCUAAGCAAGCUGAAGGACAGGCUGAGAAAAAGCUGAUGGCGCUCACGCUGAACUACUGCGCCAAGGUGGCUUAUCGCAAGGACCGGCUGCCCUUGGCUUUAUAUUUAGCGCUGGUGAUGUACCCGGUGUCUGACAGUGAGCGCCAUCUUCUAUUCCAGGACUCUGUGAGCUCAAGUGACGCGCAAGAUCCCUCAGUUCCCGACUGGGUGCCAGAGGAGCGCAGGGUCGCUACGCGUGCGUUGCUUGCGGCGAUCCCUCAACUAGGGUCUAGAUUACGCAGCGAGUGGCUCGAGGACUUAAAUACCAUUUACAAGGACUCUUGCAGCUCUUUUCAGAAGCUUUUGGUGGUCCAGGCGCUGCGACCUGAUCACUUAAACACUGCGCUGACCAAGUACGUCACCGAGAAGCUGAGUGUAAAGGACCUGGCGCCAAGCACCUGGACCAUGGAGUCUGUAGUUGAAGGCCAGAAGCGGCCUGUCCUCUUUCUGCUGUCCCCCGGCGCAGACCCUGGGCCGGAAUUAAGCAACCUUGCGUCGCGCUUGAACGUCACUGGAGGAUUUGUUGAGGUCUCACUGGGACAAGGCCAGGUUGACCAGGCGGAAAUAAUGAUCGACAACGUUUGCAGAAACGGCGGCUGGAUCCUGCUGAGCAACCUCCAGCUGGCGUUGAACUGGCUGCCUAAGCUAGAAAGCAUCCUGCGCAACGCUACGCCACACGAAUCCACGCGGAUCUGGCUUACCACUGAAGAGUGCACGGGUUUCUACCCAGGAUUAGCUGGGCUGUGCCUGAAACUCGCCUACGAACCACCAGAGGGCGUCAAACGCAAUUUAAAACGGUCUUUACGCCAACUCCAAAGCUACCGGCCGCAGUCGAAAGACUCCGAGGGCGUCUUUGUGCUUGCGUGGCUCCACGCGGUGCUUCAGGAACGUAGGAAGUUCGUUCCGCGGGGGUGGAUCCGCGCGUACGAGUGGAGCGAGGCUGAUCUGGAGGCUGCGAGGGAACUGGUGGUGAACUACGCGCUGAAAUUCAACCCUUCGGCGCGUCUGGAUUGGGAGGAAGGUCGCGGGCUGCUCGACGUUGCGAUCUACGGCGGAAGGCUUCAAGAUCGCUUCGACAUGCGGGUUCUGGAGGCGAUUAUCAAAGACGUCUGGGCCCAGGACGUAUUCCAAGGACGCAGGAGGCUUGGGAAGGUUCUUAGCGUGCCUGAAGCUUGCAAGAGGGACCCUGCGAGGUAUAUCGACCAGUUGGCGGACGCUGACGAUCCUCUGGAGAUCUUCGGGCUUCCUGCUAACGCUCUCAGGGCCUGGGAACGCUCCGCCGCGGAAGUUGUCAUCGCGGAGCUUAAAGGAGUAUUUGACAAAUCGAUGACGUCGGACAAGAAGUUACUCAGACGAGCGGACGGGAAGUUCCAGCGUGAUAUCAAGAGUCAUUAUGAACAACUGUCCUCUGCGCUGAUGAAGAUCAAGGUCAUAAAAGGGGCCAAGCACCCGAUUCAAGAAUUCUUCGUCAGUGAGAUCGUCAACUUCAAUGCUCUGACGUCGAACCUAAAGGACGCCGUUAGCAACAACAAGAUCAUUUCUGCCAAGACGCCCUCCAGCUUGCUGAAACGCUGGCCCUCAGGGUCCAAGGAGAUCCUGGCGUUCAUCAACGAUCUAGCGGCGCGGAGCAAGUUCUUGUCGGGAGUUAAUGUAGACAACCUGCUGAUAACCUCUAAUGAGUACAAGAAGGUCAACAUUAUCAAUCUGAGCUACUUAUCAAGGCCAAAAGGAUUCCUAGCGGCGGUAAAACAAUUCACUGCUAGGGAAUUGAGGGUCUCGAUGAGCGAACUUAAGCUCAGCGCCACCUGGCUGGAAAACAGUGAACUUUCGGCUCAUAAGACCUCGAAUCAUGACAAGGGGGUUGUUAUCGGUGGAUUGAUGAUCACUGGAGCGACUAUCAGCAAUGGAAGCUUGGUUGAUGUUACUGAUAAGGCUUCGGCUGUUGUCAAUACACCGCUGUGCUUGAUGAAGUAUGUUAUUGGAAAUGGAGAGCAUCUAGACGAAGGGAUUGAAGUGCCAGUUUAUAAUAAUUUGCAACGGGAUCAAUUGAUCUGCUCGCUGAGGGUUAAUUGUAGUAGGGAUAGGAUUAAUGAGUGGGUUAAGAGGAGUGUUGUUAUUUAUUUAGGUCUUAAUUAGAUGUAAAUGUAACGAGGGAACAAUAAAUAUUGUUGAAUA